ACUAGUGGUAUGGAUUUUAAAAUUUUUCUGAAGCUUUUUGUGACUUUUUUAUGUGCUAUCUUGUCACAUAGCUUUUGCAAAGCUUUUACUGAAGACCAAUCAUUAACAGAAGAAUAUUGUACAGCAACUACAUCUGAUACAUGUGGUUCCAACACCAUUGCUCCUAUGAAAAAAAAAUAUUUACUCUAUUCAGUGAACAUUGGUGAAGGCUUCAACCUACGUCGGGAUGUCUACCUUCGAUUUGCUACAUUUGUGCACUCUCUUAAUGUCAAGACGAGGAUGCUCAAUGAGGAGUGGAUAUUGGUUCUGCCGCCAUGGGACAAUGUAUAUCAUUGGUUCAACAGGCGCAGUGCUCCCCCUGCUGCCUGGGCAGACUUCUUUGACUUGAAAAGUUUCAACAAAUAUGUUCCUGUGAUUGAGCUGCAAGAAUAUUUAAAUGAAAUGGGCAACUCCAUACAGAGUUUCUACGUCCUGCAGCACUACGCUGAAGGCUGGCUGACUUUGCUUAUGAAGAUUCAAGUAAAAUGUAGCUUUGCAUUUGUUGCUUUAUCCUUAAGUUAUAACUACAACCCUGUUGCAGAAAUGGGCAACUCCAUACAGAGUUUCUACGUCCUGCAGCACUACGCUGAAGGCUGGGGCCAAAACUGGCAAGAAAAGUUUGAUAUUCGACCCUGCAUUGAACCUCAAAAUUUCAGGGAAAGUAACNCGCCUCUACCCUCACUCCCCUCGUGGCACGCGCGCCAUCCAGGUAAUGGCAGCGCCUCUACCCUCACUCCCCUCGUGGCACGCGUGCCAUCCAGCAUAGCAUUUGCUCGAGGAGAAACUGUCCUGCACGACAACUUCGGGGACCGCAGCUACUGGCGCGGCAGACGCUCCAUGCGCUUCGCUGCCGACCUCGUCAUGGCCGCCACGCAGUACAGACGUACGAAGCUCAACUCCACCAAUGAACGCGACCAAGUUACCCUCGCUUCGGACUGGACGCAACAGACGAAGGCCCCCCGUCCCCCGGUGGGGGGGCCGUACCUGGGGGCGCACUGGCGACGUCGCGACUUUGUGCGCGCGCGCCCUGGCGACGUGCCUGACGCGCGACGCGCGGCGCAGCAGAUCAGGGGUCUGCUAGACCAACUGCGCCUCACUGCGGUCUACCUGGCCACCGACGCGCCCCAGACCGAAGUAGCUGAGCUUCGUGAGCAGCUUCACUCUGCGCGAGUGUAUCGCUUCACAGACGAGCAAACAGACGGCAGCGCAGCAACAGACGGCAGCGCAGCAACAGACGGCAGCGCAGCAACAGACGGCAGCGCAGCACGCUUCUCUGAUGGACAGCUCGCCAUCAUCGACCAGAUCAUCGCUUCUCACGCCAGGCAUUUCAUCGGGACGCACGAGUCAACUUUUUCGUUUCGUAUUCAAGACGAGCGAGAAAUUCUUGGCUUCCCCGCCGCCUCAACCUUCAACAGACUCUGCGGCUCCAGCGAGCCGUGCGAGCAGCCCGCUCGCUGGCUCAUACUUUACUGAUCUACGAUCUUCUGUUUACUGAUCUACGAUCUUCUGUUUACUGAUCUACGAUCUUCUGUAUGCUCAAACAUGUCCUCUUUUUUACUUUUAUUGUUAAUUCCUCAUUUUAGUCAUGGAGAAUUUCCACAUUUAGAUAAGCUCAGUUCUUAUAUUAAGCGUUUAAAAUUUGGAAAUGCUUUCCCAUUAGUUUUUUAUACGAGUCACCAAAGAAAUUUGUAGGUUUUAUGUACAGCAGCUACUAACCAUUAUGUCCAAGGGUUUGUUUAUUUUAUCAAUAGGUUUAUGA